AUGAGCCCCCAGGACAGUUCUGUGUACCCUUUCCAGUUCCUUCUGUUGGUGGGGAUACCUGUGGCCAGCGCUUUCCUUCUGCUUCAGUGCCUUCGCUGGCACUGUUCUCAGUGGCUGCCAGGAGACUGCAGGAAUCCAGAUGACCAAGAGGAGACCGUGUUCCCACCCACUCCAUUACCAGAAUAUCAGCCCCCAAGGCAAUGCCCGCCCCCGACACUACCGGAAGUGGCUGCGUUCUACCAGGAGCUCCACACGCCCACCCGGGGCCAGACCAUCACCCGGAAGCUCAUGCAUAAGCUACUGGUGUAUUCUGCUCGAGAGGUGGACCACCGUGGCGGAUGCCUGAUGCUGCACGACACAGGCAUUUCUCUGCUCAUCCCGCCAGGUGCUGUGGCAGUGGGUCGUCAGGAGAGGGUGUCCUUGGUUCUGGUGUGGGACCUGAUGGAUGCCCCAUCAUUGUCUCACAGACAGGGGCUAGUGAGUCCUGUGGUGGCCUGUGGCCCUCAUGGAGCCGCCUUCCUGAAGCCUUGCACCCUCACAUUCAAGCACUGUGCCCAGGAACCCAGUCAGGCCUGUGCCUACACCAGCAAUACUUUCUUGCUGGAUGCCAAGAACUGGAGGCGUCUGGGUCGGCCGGGGGCUUAUACCUCCCGGGAUGAGUGUCGUAUCCUGCUCUCUCACUUCAGCCUCUACACCUGCGUUCUGGAGGCACCCCUGGGUCAGACAGCCCGCAAGUGGCUGCAGCUGGCAGUGUUCUGCUCCCCGCUGGCACCCGGGCAGACCCACCUGCAGUUGCGUGUCUACUUCCUGAACAAUACUCCCUGCGCCCUGCAGUGGGCUAUCACCAAUGAGCAACCCCAUGGUGGACGCAUGCGUGGGCCCUGCCAGCUCUUCGACUUCACUGGGGCCAGAGCAGACCAGUGUCUGAAGCUCAAGUACAUCUCUGAGGGUUGGGAAAACGUGGAUGACAGCAGUAGCCAGCUGGUUCCUCACCUUCAUAUCUGGCAUGGAAAGUGCCCCUUCCGUUCUUUCUGCUUCCGGAGAAAGGCAGCCAAUGAGAAUGAAGACUGCUCGGCAGUAACCAAUGAGAUCAUUGUCACCAUGCACACCUUCCAGGAUGGCUUGGAAGCCAAGUACAUGGAAAUCCUCAGGUUCCAGGCCUCAGAGGAAGAGUCCUGGGCGGCACCACCUCCUGUCUCUCAGCCUCCCCCAUGCAAUAGGCUGCCCCCGGAGCUCUUUGAGCAGCUGCAGAUGCUGUUGGAGCCCAGCAGCGUCACUGGGAAUGACUGGCGUAGACUGGCCUCCCACAUGGGGCUGUGUGGCAUGAAAAUCCGGUUCUUGUCCUGCCAACGCAGUCCCGCCGCAGCCAUCCUGGAGCUGUUCGAGGAACAGAAUGGCAGCCUGCAGGAGCUUCACUACCUCAUGACCUCCAUGGAACGGUUGGACUGCGCCUCCGCCAUCCAGAACUACCUGAACCGAACUCCUCGGGGCAGCCCAGCCACAAUGCACGGAGGCGUCUGGGAGAACUGUGGCCUGCAGCUGGAUGAGAAACUCUAAGCAUGCCCUGCGGGGCCUCGUGGGGUGCUGCAGCAGGCCGGGUCAUGCCUAUGAGUUCAGGGUCAUUGGCACAGCCUCGGGUGGACCGAGCUGGAACCCCCAGCGAGGCUAGACUGCCUUGCCACCAGCCCUGCAUCAGUACCACUAUCCUGUUGGCCAACUUUGUCUUGAGUGCAGGUUCCCUCCUGGUCAGUAGAGGGCGCAGGAGUCUGGGAGAUGGCCACAACCCAGUCAGCUUCCAAAAUGCUGCUUUAUUUUCUCGUGGACGGCCAGGUGGCCCUGCAAACACACUGAGAUAGAGACUGCUCAGUCCACAAGUAUUCACGGAGCACUGAGACUCAGCACCAAGCAGGAAUCAUGGGGAAUGUCGGCUUCUUUGAUCUUGUUCUGGAGUCUGUUCUGCCGAAUUGAUAUGCACUCACCGUCAGCUGAGCCGCAACAUUCUAGAAGUACCUUCCUAAGGUUAGGGAAUGCGGUGGGUGUGGAGCUGUGCUUAGCUUUGAGUUGAGAAGGGAGGGCGCUGAGGUGGGCCGGAGCAAAGAGUAGUCUCCAGAGAGGAUCAUGGGAGAUAUCUUUGGGUGGGGCUUGGAGAAUAUGGUGGGUGCACAGAGAACCAAGAGUGAGUGUGUUGGGCUGCCUUAAGGAGCUCACCUGAGGGGUGUGAGGAGGUUGGCAGAGGGUUCAAGGCCAGAUCUAGAGAAGGGUAGUCAUACCUACUGGCCUCGUGCUCCUGUCCCUUCAUGUCUUCCCAUGGAGGUCAUUCUCUGCCACUGUCUCUCUCAACACACACACACACACAGACACACACACACAGAGGCACGCACACACAAACACACAGACACACACAUAGAGGCACACACACACACACACACACGAAGCUGAGAAGCAUUCAGGGUGCUCAGGGCUUCACACUGCUUUGUCUCUCUCUAGUUAUGGACGCCCCCCCCAUCUUUGUGUGCUUUUUUUUUAAUUAAAACAAAUCCCCCAUCACUACCUCAGGUGAGUGUCUCAGAACUAAUGCUGAUGUCAAGACUCCUGAAAGAGCCUCAACUAUUCGGGGAGUGAAUGAGCACAGAUUCCACCUCCUCCCCCGCCAGAUCAAGGUCUCCUUUAAGGCCAGGAAGUAAAGACUGGAGAUUAAAGGACACUCCACCCAGUCAACAGUUCUGGCUAUUAAUAUUCUUGGUUCCCAAUAGUUUUGUUAAUUUGUCCAAAGACAGACAAUCUCUCUGGAAAGCCCUAACAAUUCACUUCCACAUUUAAGUAAAAUUUUGGUACUUUUAAAUAGUGAGUAAUAUUAGUAAGACAUGAAAAUGCCUUUCUUCUUAACUAAGUUUUGUCAAGACUGAUAACUUUGCAUAUAGGUAUGACUUUUAAUACAAUUUUAAAAUUUCCAUUAUAUUCUGUGUAGAUAUGUGUAUAUGUGAGUGCAGGUGUCAGCGGGGGGUGGGGGGCAGAAGAAGCCAUUGGCUCCCCUGGAGCUGGACUUUGUGAGCCAUCUGGCCAGGGAGCUGGGAACUGAACUCUGGUCCUGACCACUGAGCUGUCUCUCCAGGCUCCAGUGACCUUGGAUGGUAACAGUGUAUGGAUGAGUAUUCUGCAGUGCACUUCUGGGAUGAAAGCAGACCAGUACCAGGCAGCUCAGUUCUCCUUCUUGAAGCAGAGCUUUAGGAUUUGGGCCCUUCCGGUCUCUCCCUGUUCUUUAAGCCUCAAUUGUUGCCUUCUGCCCUUCUUCUCCCUUCUCUCACACCACUGCUGAUCUGUCCGAGUCGGUGCCUUGGCUCAGAAUUGGCCAGCAAAGGGCACUUUCCCCCUCCGUCCCCCACAGCUUCUUCUCUGCAGGCCAAUCAAAGGCAUCCUUGGAGUCCUUUCUGGAACAAUUGAUUUUAUAUAGCAAACAGAAACCACAGGGGUUACAGGAGAGGGGGAUUGUGGGAGUUCUGAUUCCCAUCAUGGGAGAGAAUGCUUUCUGGCAUGUGUUAAGGUUUGCUAGAGGGACAGUAGUAAAGAUCUAUCUAUCUAUCUAUCUAUCUAUCUAUCUAUCUAUCUAUCUAUCUAUCUAUCUAUCUAUCUAUCAUCGAUAUAGAUACAGAUAUAGAUAUAGAUACACUUUAAAAUGGUGCUUAUUAGAUUGACUUAUAGAAUAUGAACUGAAAAGUCCAACAUGGCUGUCUUCACAUCAAAGAGACUGAGACUGGCAGCUGCUUAGUCCACAUGGCUGGAUUCCUUAGCAAUCCCAGUUUGUGCCAAAGGUCUAGAGGAUUCCUGGAAAAUCACUAGUCUUCUGUGCACAUUGGAAGCCUAAAGAGAGGAAUAGGGAACUGGGGUUUGAUACCAGUAAAGAGUUGCCACUGUCACUACAAUGGGGUUGAGAAACUUUCCAGCCAGGGUGAAGGCAAACAGGCAAAGGGCCAAGCUUUUUCUCUUGGUCUUUCCUUUUAUCUGUCACCGGAAGGUACUCCCCAGGCUCUCACAUGUAGGGUGGAUCUUUCCCACUCCAUAUAAGAAAAUCAAAGCUAACCUUACCUCACAGGCCUGCCCAACAGUUUGCAUUUGAGCUGACUCCAGAUCCAGGCAAGCUGACAACCAAGAUUAGUCAAUCAGGCUGCCUAGGACAGCUUCUCAGAAUGGGUUUCCAGGGCAGAUAAAAGGAUGCCUGGAUGUCGCGGGACAGGUACAGGCUACAUGGUUCCCACCUGACUAGUAUAUAAUUCUGGUAACUAAAGUCAAGAGAAGGUGAACGGUAGUGGGUGCCAGAAGACCUAAUGCUUUGCCCUAACAUUUGAGCUGACCAGAAUGGGGCCUUUCCACCCUCAGAGCCAAGCAAGAGUAGA